GAAAGAAAAAAAAAUCACGGAAGAGAUUGUGCUGUCCUACUAGUUUGACCAAGUUCCCUGGGCUCAGAGAGGCGUAGAAAAGGCAGGAGAAAAGAGCAGAAAGUUUGCGCACAUUUACACACUUCAGUUGUCCUUUACACGAGAGAGGAGUAAUGGAAUCUGCUAUUCAGACCAUAGUGAAGGUCUUCCUGAAGUCGACCAAGGGGAAGGAGAGUCUUGGACAGAGUCAGCUCCAGGGCCUCGUCAAGAGCCAGCUCUCCAACAUCCUUUCGGACACAGACAGCAAGGAGGCGAUCAAAAACAUGGGCAAGGGACUGGAUGCCAACCACGACGGCAAGGUCGGUUUUGAGGAGUACCUGAAGCUUGUCGGCUACCUGGCGACCUCGCUCAGCGAGCAGCGCAACCUCGCCCAAGAAGAGCCCGCCCAAAAGGCUGCGUCUGGACAGGAGGCACAAACCUCCACCUCUCCGGACAAAGAGGCGGAGAAGCCAAAGGCAAACGCAGAAGCUAAAGACGUAAAGCCAGGGGAAAGCUCAGCUGCAAAGGAGGAAGCAAAGUCAGAGGAAAACGCAAAGGCAAAGGUGGAGGCAAAGCCAGAAGCCAAUACUGAAGCAAAAAUAGCAGCCAUUGCUGAAAUAAAGGUGAAUGAAAAUGUAGGAGAAUCAGUGGUAAAAAAGUUACAGGGGGAGACCAAGCUUGAGGCAGCAGCUGAAGAGGAGAAGAAAGCAAUGGAGGGAGGGGCAGUAUUAAACGAUCUGUCAGAAAUGCCAUUGCCAGUGUGUAGUAAAUCAGAGGAGGUGAUUGAUGUAGCAAAGAAGGUGGAGAAGGUGGUUGCAGCUGCCGAGGAAGAAGUGGAGAAGAAGGUAGAGGAGGCGACCUCAUUGGCAAAGAAAGAAUAAUCACACUACUCACUUGCAUUCAACACUACACAAAACACAGCAUUAAUGCUCUAUUAAACUGGAAAGCCACUAAAACAUUUUUUUAAAAUUCAAACAACAUAAAAUAAAAAAUGCAGUUAAAACAUUAACAAACCCAACUGUAUUCCUCAUGUACGAUAAAUAACACUCCAUGUGAACAGCAUGUACGUCCCACUAUAGUCCCACUAUAGACAUUUACCUCAAUAAGAUCCUAUCUUAUGAUUGCAUGCACACUACAUACGCUACUAUACAUGCAUGCCAAAUGCCAGUGAAGAAGUGAAAUGCAAAAUAUGAUUUACCUGCAGCAGCCACACUGGUGACCAAGUGUCACUGCAGCCAUUAUAUUACGUUUAAAUCCCAUUCAUUAUCCACUUUUAUCUUAAUCAAUCAUCUUAAAAAUCCUCUAUUUAGUAAACUCUCCUUGGUAUGGCAUGGCCUAAAGGACUAUUUUAACUAUAAUUCUAAACUAAUGUUAUAGUUAAAAUAUUCCUUUAUGCAAUUAUUAUAACUGGCUUUCUUGCAAGGACUUAGAUGAGACAAUUGACACCGCCGUUAUGUCCGUCCAUGCAGUAUGAAGCUACAGCCAAAAUGUCAAAGAUGUAACAUUUACCAUGGAUUUUGUUCAAUUUGAACAGAGCCAGGUUAGUUUCUGUUUUUUGACUAGGCUAAACUAAUCGCCAGCUAUAGCUUAACAUUUAGCAUACAGACACAAGUGGUGUCAAUCAUCUCAGCAAAUCUCAGCCAGAAUCCCAAUAAUUCCCAAGAUUGUGACGUUUGAAGGAAAAUAACAAACAGUAACACUACUUUUUUCUUUUUUUUCUCUUUUAAGUAACCUUGUUAUUUACCUGAUUAUAACAUUAUAUAAGCAUUAGACAAUAAACUAAUGGUUUGCUAAAGAUU